AAAAUAAAAAAAAACUUGCUUUCUUUUGUCUUUUCGUUUGUAUACGAUAAUACAAAUGCACUUUCAGUUCCAGGCUAAAGCGGCGGUGGAACUUACGGGGUUUGCUUCGAUUUGUCAACAAGAACCGACAUCUGUUCUUCAUAUGAGAAGAAGCCAAAGCCCACCCACGUCAGCAUCUACUCUCUCCUCUUCGUUCAACGGCGGAGACACCGCUCCUGGCGGCGGCGGUGAUUGUAAUCUCACCGAGACCACCACCACUACGACCAUGGAGUUUCAACCGAUCUCGAGUGAACUUGACCUUGUUACAGGUCCUGGAGGUGCUCCAAGAUGCAAUCAUGGAUUGGAAGAGUGGGAGACUAUGUUGCCUGAGUCUGCCGUGUUGCCGAGUCAGGACAACUCGUUACUGCAUUGGAUCACUGGUGAAGUAGAUGACCAUAAUAGUUUUGGUCUCAAACAGCUGCUCCAGAGUGGGGGUGCUUCUCCCAAUCAGGGUCUUGACUUUGAAUGCAAAUCAGGGCUUGGGGUUGUUGAUCAAGGUCCCGGGUUUGACUCGGUUGGUAACCUUGUUAACUCGGAUCCUGGUAAUUUGGGUUGUUUUUCAGGUUCUGGAAUUCUGCCAAAUGCCAACAAUAAUGGGAAUGGUAUUCAAAAUUCAAUGUUUGCUUCACCAGCUGAGAGUACUGGUCUCAAUGUUUCUUUGCCUACGCUUUAUCAACAGCAGCAGCAAAGUCAAUACCUUGAAACCCAAGAAGCGAAACCCCAAAUUUUACAUCCCCAAAACCCUAACAUUUUCUUGCCAUUUUCUCAGGAAAAUCAUACCAUUCAGCCUUUAACAAAACGGCUCAACCAUGGUAACCUGGAGCUUCGUUCUCAGAUCCCAAAGUUGCCAUUUUCUGAUUGUGAGUUUAUGAGAAAGCAGCAUCUUAUGGAGUUUCCUCAGCAGAAGCCAUUGAUGAUGGCUCAACAACAACAACAAGAAGCCACAUUGUUAGACCAGCUUUACAAGGUUGCUGAGUUGGUAGAGACUGGGAAUUUCUCACACGCGCAAGGGAUAUUGGCGCGGCUCAAUCACCAGCUGUCUCCUAUAGGCAAGCCAUUUCAAAGGGCUGCUUUCUACUUCAAGGAGGCAUUGCAGUUACUUCUCAUGAAUAAUAACCCAGUCUCACCCCAGCUUCCUAGGGGCUCCACCCCUUUUGAUGUUGUCUUCAAAAUGGGAGCAUACAAGGUCUUAUCUGAAGUUUCCCCCCUUAUCCAAUUCAUAAACUUUACGUGCAACCAGGCCCUCCUUGAAGCUCUUGAUGAUGCUGAUAGGAUUCACAUUGUGGACUUUGAUAUUGGCUUUGGUGCUCAGUGGGCUUCCUUCAUGCAGGAGCUUCCUAUGAGGAGUAAAGGACCUCCUUCAUUGAGAAUUACAGCCUUUGCCUCCCCGUUAACACACCAUCCUAUGGAGCUCAGCCUUAUGCGGGAAAAUCUCAUGCAAUUUGCAAAUGAAAUCGGUGUAAGCUUUGAGCUCGAGGUACUGAAUAUCGAUUCUUUGCCUAUGUUCGGAUUUAAUGAAAAUGAGGCAUUUGCUGUGAACUUCCCCGUUUGGUCUGUUUCGAGUCAACCCUCUAUUUUGCCAAAUGUUUUACGCUUUGUGAAGCAGCUUAGGCCGAAAACCGUGGUGUCCAUAGACCAAGGGUGCGAUAGAUAUGAUUUGGCAUUCCCACAGCAUAUAAUCAAUGCAUUUCAUUCAUAUAUAAGCCUUUUGGAAUCCAUUGAUGAAGCUAGUGUAUCUUCAGAUGCUGUGAACAAGAUUGAAAGGUUCCUUCUUGUGCCUAGAAUCGAAAACACCAUAUUGGGACGAAUGCAUUCACUCGAGAAAAUGCCACCAUGGAAGACCCUCUUUUCCUCAGCUGGUUUCACCCCUAUAUCAUUCAGCAGCUUCACCGAAACUCAAGCUGAAUAUGUGGUAAAAAGGGCUCAAGCAAGGGGUUUUCAUAUAGAAAAACGCCAUACUUCACUUGCUCUUUGCUGGCAGCGAAGGGAUCUUAUCUCAGCUUUGGCAUGGAGGUGCUAAGGAGCCGAACCGAACUGGCAGAGGAGGUUGGUUUUUAGCAACUCACAAAUCUAUAACAACUCUAUCCAGAAGUAUGGAAUUACCUGAAUAAUUUUACUGAACUAUGGUGCUUUUGCACAUGUAACCUGCAUUGCUUGUCAGUCUCCUCUGCUGUUAAGGACACAUUGAUAUUGCUGUUAUGGUAUUUUGGUGUCUUUUUGUGUGUGUUUUGUUUAUGAGGUGAGAAGCUGUGUUUUAUUCUGGUUAAGGUGGUGAAUGGUGAUGAUUUGGUGUAUAUUUGACAAAAGAAUUGAGUGCUAAAAUUUCAAAUGCAACUUACCAGAAUUUAGU